UGAAGUUUACGCUGUCACAGAGAUGAGCUCCUCUAUAUUUAGCACAGAGCAGCGUGAGCCUGACCACGGCAGUCACUUUUUGCUGGAGUGCUCAGAGAGACACACGCACAUCACUCUCACUCUGUAGUGGAAAGGACAUUACAGCUGGACUUUUAUGAAUACCGGUAAGCAACAGAAGCCAGUGCUUACAGGCCAACGGUUUAAGACUAGAAAAAGGGAUGAAAAGGAGAAGUUUGAGCCCACGGUUUUCAGAGACACAAUCAUUCAGGGCCUCUACGAAGCUGGGGGUGAUCUUGAUGCUGUAGCCAAGUUUCUGGAUGUCACCGGUUCCAGACUGGACUACCGUCGUUAUGCUGACACUCUGUUUGACAUCCUCAUCGCUGGGAGCAUGCUUGCCCCCGGGGGAACACGCAUUGAUGAUGGAGACAAGACCAAGGUGACUGUUCACUGUGUGUUCACUACAGAGGAAAAUCACACUGCUGUUCGCAGCUAUGCUCAGGUUUUCAAUAAACUUAUCAGGAGAUACAAAUAUCUGGAGAAGGCAUUUGAGGAAGAAAUAAAAAAGCUGCUUCUCUUUCUGAAAGCCUUCACUGAGUCUGAGCAGGCUAAACUUGCCAUGCUGACCGGCAUCCUGCUGGCCACUGGCACACUGCCACCUGCCAUCCUUACCAGCCUUUUCAGUGAUAACAUAGUGAAAGAAGGAAUCGCUGCUUCCUUUGCAGUGAAGCUGUUCAAGGCAUGGAUAGCUGAGAAAGAUGCCAAUGCUGUGACUUCAGCCCUGAGAAAGGCCAGCCUGGAUAAGAAACUUCUUGAACUCUUUCCUGCCAACAAGCAAAAUGUGGAGCACUUCUCCAUGUACUUUAAUGAAGCCGGGCUAAAGGAGCUGUCGGACUACCUGCGUGUGCAGCAGUCUUUGGGCACUCGCAAGGAGCUGCAGAAAGAACUGCAAGAGCGUCUGUCUCAAGAGUGUCCCAUCAGAGAGAUUGUGGUGUAUGUGAAGGAGGAAAUGAAAAGGAAUGAUCUGCAGGAGCAGGCUGUGAUUGGCUUACUCUGGUCCUGCCUUAUGAACGCUGUGGAGUGGAACAAGAAGGAAGAGCUGGUUACUGAGCAGGCCCUCAAACACCUAAAGCACUACGCUCCUCUGCUGGCUGUGUUCAGCACUCAGGGUCAAUCUGAACUGGUCUUGCUGCUGAAGAUUCAGGAGUACUGUUAUGACAACAUCCACUUCAUGAAAUCCUUCUCCAAGAUAGUGGUGCUGUUCUACAAAGCUGAUGUCCUUAGUGAGGAAGCCAUUUUAAAAUGGUACAAAGAUGCUCAUGCUGCCAAAGGGAAAAGCGUCUUUCUGGAGCAGAUGAAGAAAUUUGUGGAGUGGCUUCAGAAUGCCGAGGAAGAGUCUGAAUCCGAGAGAGAAGAUUAGCAUUCGGGACGCCUGGAGAUCACUGCACACUGUUCUCUGAAGCCUGUUAGCGCACUGUAGUAGGACGACUCCUAGACAAUCGAGCACAACCAACGGGAGAAGCCAUAGAUAUCCUUUUAACAAAAGACACAUAAUCUUUACUAAUGCUGAUCAGGUACUGUGUAAAUUAGCUUCUCAAAUAUUCAAUUGAAUAAACCCGCUUGUAUGUAUGAGUAAUUUUUAUUAAUAAAAUGGUUUUUAUAUGCACCAUCUUUUGCUGAAUUGUCACUUAAAUAUCUAGUUUUUACUGAUGUGGGGGAUUAGACGGUUUAUAGCUUUUUCUUUUUUUCCCCCCAUGAAACUGUAAUGCAGUGAGAAGUGUUAAAUUGUUUUCCCAAUAAAGUAACUUUUUUAAAGCCCAAA